UGUUUCAUGUUUUGAUUCUGCGGUGUUUAAUUUGAGUGGGAGGAGAGACAUUGAGAGUCUCGCUAGCAUGCAUGCCUGUUACGUGGCAUUGAAAAGUUAACUCAAAUCACACCAAAACCCCUCUCUCUCUCUCUUUAAAGACAGAACCACUCUCACUCUUUCUUGCAUGUGCUUUAUCAAUGGAGUCACACCACCAAAACCAGAGGAAGAAAAUGAAUCAACAGCACCCUUCAGCUACUCCAUUGAUGGCACCAGACUGGUCUAAACUUCCAAAGGAUCUCUUACAACUCAUUUCCGAAAAGCUCGACAGCGAAUUAUACCAACUCCGCUUUCGUUCCGUUUGUUCAUCAUGGCACUCUUCCAUUCCCAAAAAACCUCUCCUUGAUUUACCUUCCAAUUUCCCAUUUCCUUCCAACAACACUUCCAACACUAACACCUUCCCUCUCUCCAAACGAUCUAUCUUACUAAUCACACCACCCAAUCAAACCCUACACCCCCCUUGGUUAAUCAAAAUCGGACCAGACUCACGUGAUAAAACUCGUCUCUGGUACCCUCUCUCACUUGACUACCAACUCUAUCUUCAACUCCCUCAACUCAUCGAUUUCAAAGAAUAUCACAUCAUUCAUCUCGGCGAUGAGUUCGUCAUUGGUAACUUCCCUUCCGACUACUUUUCUGUCGACUUCAUGAAGAAGGUUCUUGUUUACCGCACUUUACAUAGUUAUGCUCUUCUCACUAUUAAUGUUUCCGGGAAACUCGCCAUUUUCCGAUCCGGGGAUGAGCACUGGACGAUAAUAAUGCCUGAGGAGCUGUCGUCGCCUUACAGCGACGUCUGUCUUUUCAAAGGACGGCCUAUUGCGGUUGAUUUCAGCGGUCGGACUGUUGCGGUAGGACCGGAUUUAGGUUUGGAUUUGGUUGCAGAGUCUGUGGGUGUGUUUGGGGGAGAUAAGAAAUUAUUAGUAGAUAGUAAUGGGGAGUUGUUGCUAGUUCAUAAAUAUGUGAAUAGUGUUGAAAAUUGUUUUUUUAAUGUUUUUGCCUUUUAUGAGAUUGGAGAUGUGAGAUUUCAAGUGUUUAACCUUGAUGAGAAAGAGAAGAAGUGGGUUGAGGUGAGAAAUUUGGGGGAUAGGGUUUUGUUUUGGGGGGAAGAUGGUGUUUUUUCUGCUUCCGCUUCGGAGUUGGGUGUGGGAAAUGGGAAUUGUGUGAUAUUUAGGGAUGAUCCUUGUCCUUAUUCUAAUAACAGGCUUGCGGAUUCUGUUUAUUGCUUGCAGACAGAUAAGAUUUCGCCUUUGUCUGAUUUUCCUGGUUAUUCCAAGUUGUUCUGGCCACUUCCAGAAUGGGUCGGGUUGCAUUGAUUCAUAACAACAAAGUAUGUGUUUUGGAUUGAAAGGUUGUGAACGAGCCCUUUGGUGCAACUUUUGGCAAUACUGAAGAUGAUUGUGCCCAUAGACAUUGAAAAAUGCUUCUUUUAUUGUUUUCUAGGAACAUUAUUAACCAAGUAAGGAUAUUGUGUCCAUCGUACUUGUUAGUUUAUCUGGUGCCAUCACUGUAAUUCCUACAAAGGAAGUUAUCUUGCUAUUCUUACCUGAAGCAUAAAUUGUGAGUUUAUAAACUGUUUUUCAAAA